AUGGAGGCAGACUCGCCGGCGAGCCCCGGCGCCCCAGAGCCCCUCGCGGAGGGAGCAGGGGGAGAGUUCUACAGCCUGCUGCGCAGGAUAAAAGGCAAACUCUUCACCUGGAAUAUUUUGAAAACAAUUGCUCUGGGUCAGAUGUUGUCCUUGUGUAUAUGUGGGACAGCCAUCACCAGCCAGUAUUUGGCAGAAAGAUACAAAGUGAACACCCCCAUGCUUCAGAGCUUUAUCAAUUACUGCUUGCUGUUCCUAAUUUAUACAGUGAUGCUGGCAUUUCGAUCAGGCAGUGAUAACCUUCUAGUAAUCUUGAAAAGAAAAUGGUGGAAGUACAUCCUGCUGGGACUAGCAGAUGUGGAAGCUAAUUAUAUGAUUGUCAGAGCCUACCAGUACACAACUCUAACCAGUGUCCAGCUUUUGGAUUGCUUUGGGAUUCCUGUGUUGAUGGCUCUGUCGUGGUUUAUUCUUUAUGCAAGAUACAGAGUGAUCCACUUCGUUGCUGUGGCUGUCUGUCUGUUGGGUGUAGGAACCAUGGUUGGUGCAGACAUACUAGCAGGGAGGGAAGACAAUUCAGGGAGUGAUGUAUUGAUUGGCGACAUCUUGGUCCUUCUUGGGGCUUCCCUCUAUGCCAUUUCGAAUGUUUGUGAGGAAUACAUCGUGAAGAAGCUGAGCAGACAGGAAUUUUUAGGAAUGGUGGGCCUGUUUGGAACAAUUAUCAGUGGUAUACAGCUAUUGAUUGUGGAAUAUAAGGAUAUCGCCAGCAUUCACUGGGACUGGAAAAUUGCCCUGCUGUUUGUGGCAUUUGCCCUGUGUAUGUUUUGCCUUUAUAGCUUCAUGCCAUUGGUGAUUAAAGUCACUAGUGCCACUUCCGUCAACCUAGGCAUCCUGACAGCGGACCUCUACAGUCUUUUCGUUGGACUCUUUCUGUUUGGCUAUAAGUUUUCAGGACUCUACAUCCUGUCCUUCACCGUCAUCAUGGUGGGGUUUAUCCUGUACUGCUCCACCCCGACUCGCACGGCUGAGCCGGCUGAAAGCAGCGUGCCUCCGGUCACCAGCAUUGGGAUUGACAACCUGGGGAUGAAGCUGGAGGAGAACCUCCAGGAGACCCACUCUGCUGUCUUGUAGCUGGAGAAGACGGCGCACCCAUCCCCCACCAGGAUAAAGCAGAGCCUGCUGCUUGCUGAAGGGACACUUGGGGAAAAAUAGCAGACUCAGAGUGGCCACUCUACAACCCUGGGUUGGAUCCAGUGGUUAGGUUUUAGAAAGGAACACCAAACAAAGUUCAAAAGUAGAAAUACCAAACUAGAGCAGACACCAAGCUAAGAGUGUGUUUCUGUGUUUGAGGACCAAUACCUGUUCGUGUCAGGGAGAUGAGGUGCGGACCCCACACCGGGGUCUUAGAGGCACCAGUGGGAAAGCAGGACUGGGGAGAGAUCCAGGAGUGAGCCAGCCUCAAGCCAGGGCGGGAAAGCAGGCUGUCCAGGCUGGGCUUGGUGGUCAGGAACAGGGGCAGCUCACGGUGGCUCUGGAGUAGGUUUCCUCUGUCAGAGGCUUCAAGGUUUUGUUUUUUGUUUUUGUGUUUUUUUUUUUUUUUUUAGCUGGGGCAGUUAUUGUCCACAGGCCUUUGGGUACAGAUGAGGCCUUGGGGCUGACUGCAUGUGGCAGAAAAUGGGUGGGUCAGCCCUUGAAAACUCCUGAGCUAUAAGUGUGAGUACUGUACGAGCAUUAA